AUGUCCCACAGCGGCACCAAUACAUGCAUCAAGGCUAUACAGAAGCUUUGGGCACAGCAGAAAGUGUACAUCUCGAUUGAUCUAGUCAAUGAACGCACCUAUACAACCUCGGACCAGAUUCGUGGAACCGCAACCAUUACAACUGCGCAUGAUGUGGAUUUCGAUCAUCUCAGUAUCACAUUCGAGGGUGUCUAUCGCGUAUACAACGAACGAAUCGGUCCUCCGCAUACCGACCGUCGAAUCGCCGCUUCCAAGACAUUCCUCAAACUGCGACAUCCUUUCCCCACUGAUGCGUAUCCCAAUUCAAGGCAGUUCAAGAAGGAUGAAACGUAUGUAUUUCCCUUCAGCUUCGUCGUUCCAGGCUCCGCAAAGACCACUGUCUGCGCGUCUGAGCCCAAUGGGGCCCACACAGAACUCCCGCCAAGUCUUACACGCAGCAAGAAUGACUACUUCACUCCGUCAAUGUGCGAAGUCAUCUAUACCAUUCACGUUCGAAUAACACAUACUCCUGAAAAGAGGAGCCUGGCACGUCAGUCAAGGCAAGCAAGGGUAGUGACCAUUGCGCAGACAUAUGCAUUUGAGAAGGGGGAGAGCGCCCGCAUGACCGGCCACAUACCUGGGCAAGGAGUGGAUGAGUUCAAGACGGUGGCUUUCCAGCCACAGCCCAUUCGGCUUAUUGCGCCAAAGUACGUGGAUUUGAGUGCUCCUUGCCCCAUUGAGGUACAGAUCCAAUAUAAUCCCGCCGACCAUGUGUGUCCGCCGCGUCUGAAAGCUCUUCAUACCAGGCUUGAUGUGUCAACAACCUACAUCUGCAACGAUGGGCUGCAGUAUCAGGUCGUUGCAAUGGCACUGGGCGACACCGAGCCAGAAGAUCGGUAUCAUCGAGGCUGGUGA